AUGUCUGCAUUAGAUCCUAAAAAAUUAAAUGAAAAAAUAGUAAGUCUCAGAAAAGUUAUAAAAAAAGCCAAAGUCCACCUUUUUCGCCAUCAUUCAAGAGCCAUUUUAAAGUUAAAAAAUUCAAAAAAUGAUGCUAAUCUACCUAAAAUAGAACGUCUUGAGGAGGAAUUAAAUGUUAUUAAAAAUAUAAAACCAGAUCCAUUAUCAAAAAUUGCAUUGGUAAAUACAAAAACUAAGGAUGAAUUGUUGACAAAUUUAAAAGGAAAAACACCGGAGGAACGUGUUGAGGCAAAACUAUUAUUUGUUCCUGUUUUUGAAAAAGAAAUAGAUAAAUUUCGGGAACAAUACCCUAAAUGGUAUCAAGAGGUACCUUUUUUCCUACAAAGAUUUGGUAUGAUAGCAAAAGAAAGAAAAGUUAAGGCAAGUGGAAAAGAUGUCAUUGUUCAUAAUUAA